AUGCUUUCCUUGCAGACCUUAGCAGACGGUUUUGGAAGCGGGACUACGCCUAACAAAAUGCCUCGUGGACCAGGUAUAUUAAACAGCUGAGAUUAUUAUUCCUUUUUUAAUUCUACAGCGUAGCUAUGUAAUUAUCACUUCCUAGACGCCGUCUUUAAUUAUGUACUAGUCGAGAUCAGAAUUACAAGUCUGUUCGCAUGACAGUGCCUAUGAAGCCUAAGGCAUGUAAUUAGCACUUCAAAUUAUUAAUUCGCGUUUCUUAGCUUCAUCGUUUCUAUGACUCGACUAGCCGAAAGACAAAUCGCAAACCCGUACGCACUGUCUCUUUCGCAUACGAUAUCACGCGAACGAACAAAUUUACCGCUCCUACUUUUCAGGGUCCUUGCGCUGCAUCGCAUUGGCUGAUUUAUCUCUAAACAACGCAACACGAGAUUUCCUUCGAAAAUGUGAAAGACUGUUCAUACACGUUAUUUAUUUAUUUUUUUCGCAUGGGUAGUCGUUUAAGGGCUGUCACAUCCUAGCGAGCCAAUAAAACUAAGUCGUAGCAGAGGCGAAAAGAUAUUUUCACAGAGCGGGAAAAAUUUGACGGCGAAUCUAUAAAGUUCCUUAAAACUGGAAGGUGAUAUUAUUGUUAAAUUAAAAAGUUAUUGAAGUAAAUUUAAGUUGAUUUCAUUUUCGAUGUUUUAGGACGAAUUAGUGUAAACCAGAAAGAACCUAAUAUGAUUUUUUAAAGAAAAUGUCUAGCUAAUUCUCUUUGGUUGUUUUUAAACUUUGACAACUUUAAACUUCUAUACGUGUAGCGAUAUCCAUGACAAGAGACUUGAUAACGUCCCAUUCGGUAAGAAGUUUUUUUCAGUGAGCUAAAAGCAUAUAAUGUUAAUAUUACAAGAAAUUGUUUAAAUAGAACUUAAAGAUCAAAGACAACUUGCUGUGAAUUUAGACGCUCUUCGUGGUUAAAAUGUAAAUUUCCAAGCCUUAUACAAAGACAAGCGCGUGCCACCAAUUAAUGUGCGUUUUGUGAUUGGCGGGAAGCGAAGCGAAACGAGUUAACAAAAGAUAUUAUAAAAUUGCUCGCAUUUUGCUAUUGUUAUUUUUACAGAAAGGCAUGUGGCUUGUCUGUGUGCCGAAAUCAGUGACCCUGAUUGCCCUGACCGAGAGGCUCGUUUAAUUCAGUAAAAUCCGAUUCCCAAAAUUCUUGACAAGUAUGUAGUGACUACCUCUAUUUCAGCUUCUUUCAAUAAGUUCAUUUUAUUUUCUUUAGCCAUUCUGGUAACAAAACUUUGAUUGAAAAACUAAAUUUACAAGAGUACAUGACAGUUAUUUACCGAAUUUCGAGUGCCUCUAUUCUUCUUUUCUUAAGUUGUUCAUAUCCGGCGAGUUUCUCAGCGAUCUUGGGAAAAACUCUCUUUUUCGUUCACUGCCGUUGUGUCGAGAGGGUCGUAAAACAAAACAAAACCACCUCUUUGGUGUCUCGUUACAAAUCUGAAAUUUCUAGAAGGAAGGUAGUGUGAACUGCGGAGAUACAAAUUUUAGUUGAAGACAAGACCGUUGCAGUUGUAUUUUAUUUUCAAUACAAGUACAGAAAAUUGAGUGGUGCUAGCUGUUUUUAUUUUGCUAACAAGUGAAUGCAAUAAUUCUGAAUAGUCGUGAUCAUCUAUCUGAUCUUGUUCCGCAUUAACUUAGAUUCUUAGCUUGAACUACAAAACUAACAAAAUUUGGUUCAACACGUUUUUUCUGGGCCUGAAACGUAUUUAAGGGAGAUUUUUCGCGGACAAACCUUUUGAACCUAGUGAUCGUGGAUUUCUGUAUGAAUCCGAUAGCUUUCAUACUUUGCUAUGCUCCAUGACAUCUUUUCGUCUAAUUUCAUUGCAAUUUUACAACAUUGCUUAGGAUUAUAGACCAGCAAAGUAAAAAUACUCUGUAUCCGACGAGUAGACAUUUUAACCUUUGGGUCUUAAAACGGUCACCCACUAAAAUAAAAUACAUCAGAUAUGCGGGCACACCAUUUUAAUAAGAUGCGCUUUUCUCUGUUUUGCGUGGUUAUCAAUAAGUCCAGCAUUAAUUUUAAGAAACCAUCGGAAUUCCUACAAAUGACCUCCUUAUUGAAACUGACGGACAGAAUCUGAGACAAAUGUUUUUCACUUAUUUUCGUGUGUUUGUGAAAUUUUAAGAACGAGGCCGCCCAUUUAGUGAAAUACCGGACAGUAAUUUUCCUCUUGCACUGUUUAUGAUAUAAGCAGUCACUGUUUUAAUUUUUUGGGGCCCUAAAUAACAGCUAAAAUAAAAACUUCAGAACAGAACACGUUUUGGAGUUCUGUUGACUGUGCUUUGAAAAAUUAAACCAAAAUUUGAGAGAGAAGGUAAAUUUAAAGUAAGUAUAGUCUUCCUGUAGCUUCCCGUGAAGAAAUGCCGUGGAACCUCGAUAUAAUGAAGGGCCAAAAGACUGGCAAAAUCUAUUCGGUGUAACGAGGUUUCGUUAAAUCGAGGUUCUUUUCCAUAUAUUUCACUAUUACUGGGGCAAAAAAUGUCGUUCGUUAUACCAAGAGGACUUCAUUAUAUAGAGGCUUCACUGUAUCUCUUAAAUGGUCACCUGUGACAGCGAUAUCGUAAAAAUGACGGUUAAUUCGAUUUACAUAUACUAUGCGCCUUACUAUAAUGUACAAAAGAACAAUACUUCGACAUUCUAAGCUGUUUGAUAUUUGGCACGUGAACAGAGAAACAAAAACAUGAGUUUUUAAAUGUUUUGUUACAUCAGUACCACAUUUAAGAACGGUCUACAUACAUUACGAGACAAGCAAGAAUUAGCGCUUAGCUUGCUGCAAAAUUCUUGAGUUCUGACAAGUUAAUUUUCCUUCUGGCUAGUAACUACAGGUGUUUAUAUGCGGUUUAUUUACAGUAUAAUACAAUUCUAUAUUAUUAAUCGUGCAUGCUGCCUUCACAAGACAAAUGAGCUCUUUUUUUUAUAUCAGGUCAGCAAAGCAUGUACUCAGGGAACCAUUAUGUCUCUCACAGCAAGCUACAGUCGCCAUUGACAAUUCAGUGGUAUGUAUACAGUGCGGGUAUCUAUUACUAUAACUCUUAACAACGAUAAAAUGGGCAUAACACCGAUAUUUAUCAUAUAUUUGGACCGAUGGGCAACGAUAAAUAAUGGCCCUAUUUCGCAUAGCCCUUUGAAGCCCAAAGCCAGCAGUCUUAAAACAAGUAAUCAGUUUUUAGCUUGGGGCGAAAUUCCGGCAUAGUGUCCAUAAUAUGGCAGUGCUAAAAAUGAACCUUUUUAGAAUCAUUUUCACAAACAGCCAUUUGUUUGCCGGUAUUUCUCGAAUAUGUUUCAUUCGGCAAUUUUCUUUCAAUUUAAUUUUUGCACUUUUUGAUGUGUUUGGAGUUUACAACUGCGCCGAAAAAAAUCAAUUUAUUAGCUCCAACAGCGAGAAGGUGCGACCCCAAAAACCUUUUCAAAUGGCUACACGUGUUUAGAAUUUUGCCUAAUAAUUUACUCUGAAAUUGGACUUUAAAGAGGGAAAUGGAAAAUUGAUAAGUUAUAACUCACUCAAAAUGAUAACAAGAGAUUGACCACUUGUACACAAGGAAAAAUGUUUCUUCCAGCAUUUUUUUUCUAGAUCAAAGAGAUCAAAAGACUGGUUCAAUUGACAUUCUUCUCUAAGUUAUUUAUGCUAAAAGGUCUUGUUUAUAUUUCAGUGCAAUAAUAGCAAAGAAAUUUGAACAAAACUGUACCAUUGUUGAAGGCAUUAUUUUUUUCGCGUAAAAUUUGUGUUGGCGUUUGACGUUAAAAGUCGUUGGUAUUUCCUGUUUAACACUGUCCUAAUUGAAGGGCCGUGGCAUGUAAGCGGAUAAGCCCUUUAUCAGGAAACAAGUGAAAAACACUUUUUAGUGUAUCAAUAUUAACACAAACAUUUAAAUACUGUAACCUGUUGCUAUUGUACGCUCUGUUAAUAUACUUUUGUCACUUUUCUUUCAAAGAAAGGGCCGGGCGCGAUGAUAAAAUCACUUUGUUUUAAACUUCACCAAUAAUCUGCAGGUUGUUAGCUUUGCAUAUAUUCGCAGGAAUGAAAUGAAAAUGACACAGAACUGUAUUCAGAAUUUUUCCCCUCGUGCAAAAUUUUCUGCUUGUUAAGUUAUGUUUUUUGUUUAGUUUAAUAUGGUAAUAAAUUUUCUGCAGUUAUGUUUUUAACUGACCGAUGUCGUCGCUAGACGGUAGAAACAGAUACAUUCAAACUGAAGCAUCAGUUUCCUUCAAUUGGGUGAAACAUCAUUUAUUUCGGAAGAAAAACUCUAUAUCUUUGAAACAUUAAGAUCCCAAUGGGUCGAGCGAGUGAGCAUUUCUUGCUCUAAAAUAAAGUUGAAAAGUUAUUUGAUUUGAAUUCUGAACAAAUUAAUGCGACUGAAAUGAUUUAAAGCCCUCAGCUCGGAAACUGAAAGAAAAACGGACCAUAGUAAAAACGAUAACUUUGUUAAAAUUUUCUCUGUAGGUUGAAUGAAAAUUAUGAAGUGUCAGAGGGAGUUAGCUUGCCUCGGAGCGCUUUAUAUUCGCACUACUUAGACUUUUGCGAAAAGAACAACUUAUCUCCGGUGAAUGCUGCUAGUUUUGGGAAGGUAAGUAAAAGAGAGAAUUAUGUGUUAAUUUAAAGUUUGAAUAAAAAGAUCAGGUAUGUUUACAAAGGCGUUAAAUGUUCUUGGUAUUUAAUUCAAAUUUACAACAGAAUUCAAAGCUGCAGAUCUUCAAGAGCUCUGAUUUAAUCCGCACGUUUAAAACAACUCCUUAGAAAAGGCCCAACAUUGCAUCACUUAUCAGACAUCAUUCUGAUAAUGAAAUCUUCUGGGAGAAACAAAAAAAUAAUUAUAGACGCCAGGUCCCACAUUUCAGUUGAUCAGAUGCCUCGAUAACACCUGCUCGUGGGUGGUUUCACACACGACUUCACCGCAAUAGGUAUCAUAUUGCAUACCAUAAUGAGAACACAAUGAACUCAAAUUAGCAAACUGUGAAUAAAGGGGGAACUAUUCCUUUAAAACAUAUAAAAAGAAAACCGUCAUAGAACCAACUGUUGUCUCUUUAGUAAAUAAAUAGUGGAAUAAGAAAAAGAAGACUAAACUAUCCCUGAGUUAAGCCACUUAUUCAAUUUUCUUUCAGAUUAUUCGACAUACUUUUCCGAAUUUGAAAACUCGACGUCUUGGAACACGUGGUCAGUCAAAGUAAGUGCAACAAGUGACUGCAUUUUCCUGCUAGUUUUGUAUUUUUUGUUUUUCAUUUACUACUUUGAGAAAAAAACACAGUUCUUUCGCACCAGUGAGAAUUCGCGUAAGAGAUAAUAACCUGAAAUCUAAUUGUUUUACAAUGCUGGGUUAUUCUGUUAAAAAAGUCAUCCUGGUGGUUGUAGUUGUUGUUGUGUCGGAAUAGACGAACCAUUUGUACGUUUUUAAGGACAUCUAUCGUUGUGUUGUCUUCCAUAAUUAUAGAAAUGAUCGGUCAGGUGUAAAUUCAGCCAGUUGGUUUGAAUUUCUUACUCUCUUGAAAACAAGUUAUAUUUUUGGUUGGACUGUAUUUAGAAGCACAUGGUUACACAUUGUUGCGUAUUGUGUCGAUCUAAACGCGUUGUCAAUAUUCCAGUCAACUACUGAAUUUCAACACUUAAUGAAAAGCCCAUUGUUAAAAAAUACAACGCCAUCAAUUUGAAAUAAAGAAUUUGUAUAACGCUGCGAAGGGUUAACAAAAUUGCAACAAAAACUUGUUGCACAAAAGGGCCCCCCACUUAAACUUAGUUGCCUGGUGUGGUCAAUAAAGUAUUAUAAACAGACUAAAUGUAUUGUUUUAAGAACGCUAUGAUAGGUUUAAUAUGAGAAGUUUGCAAAAGUUAAACGUUCAACAAAGUACUGCGGGUGAUAUGCUAAACAAAGACUUAUAAAGUAAAACUACUUUAACAUCAUGUUUUUAUUAAAAUAACUCAGAUAUUGGUCACCUGAGUCCUUUAAAUGUUGAACUGUAUCAAUAUAACGUUGUUAUAUUUUUACACGUGCGUUUUGCCUUUAUUGAGAAGCAUAUAGUAAGUUGAAGACAAAAGGGCGUAAAAGAACGACACAGAUAAAAUAUCAACAGUUCAAUAAAAAACAAGAUCUCCAAAGCAACGAACAGGUGUUACAAGUGAACACAGUAAACAUGUUAUCGAAAUAUUUCUGUUUUUCUAAGACAUAGCAAACAGUCUGCCGUUUAGAAAAGAAUGCAGUAACGAGAACGCAAUGUAGCUAAAAACAGCAAUUAAGGUAGUUAAACUGGCCACUAAAUUAAGUGAAAUAUGAGAUAAACCACUUAAAACAACGAGGGAACAUUUUUAAAAAUAACCCCGCCAACAAAAAAAAUACAAUAGAUAGAAAACUCCGGGAGGUUGCGUUACGUAACAGAAACAAGAAGGAAUUAUUUAAUAUAUUAUACAGCAUUCCCUUUCUUCCUUGUCUCCGACCUGAUUAUAACAUUGCAUGUUAUCUAUUAAAAGAUAAUAUCCAGUCGAGAAACCAAAUAUCAAGUGCUCUCCUGUGUUUGUCAGAAAUACCAUGGAAAAAAAAAAAGUAAAUUCUGACUUCUAAGUGGCUACUUUAGCAGACAAGAUGGGCGUAUCUAACCUGCUUUGUUCCCAUGAGAAAAUUUGAUCUAUACAAACCAUAUAAUAAUUCCUUAAUUGACCAAACUUGUCGGUUAAGACCGGCCAGGCUGGAUAUCUUGAACGGACAAGCUUCGUCAAUAACUCAUUGUAUCUAGGAAAACUGAGGCCAUAUGACAAAGGCAUGUGAUAAAAUUCACCCAAUUAAUUCAAAUGCAGUGGAACUUCUAUUCAGGGACACCUUCGGGACCAAUGGAAGUGUCCCCUGACUGAUGGAGAUUGGACUGGUGUUUUUUAAUAAUUAACUAACAAACAAAAUAUUUUUCCUUUAUUCUGCCUCAAAAUCAGCUGCAGGCAUUAUUUCAAGCAGCUAGAUAAUGUAUAACAAAUCAUGAUUGACUUAUCUCUGCGAUAUUGUGUGUUGAAUUCCCACAAGUGCGGUACAUCGAUUUAAGUGAGACAGUUCAUGUUGUGAAAGCUGUCGUCAUUAUUAUUAGUGUUUAAACUUAUCAAGGCUUUCUGUAUUUGGUCACUUUUUGAGUGCAAAGGUGUCCCCUGAAUUGAGAUUAAACCCGGGUUUCGGGACCCGGAAAAACUGUCCCUUUUACUCUGAAUAGAGGUGUCCCUUCAAUAGAGGUGACAAAUACAAAGAUUACUGUAAAAAUUUUUCCGAGACCAAAUUUUGUGUCUCCUGAACUAUGGUGUCCUUUGAAUAGAGGUGUCCCAAAGGAGAGGUUCUACUGUACUUGGACAAUGUUGAGGAGAAGUUUUAUACUGAUAAUGAGACUUUGUUUCAUUUCCAGGUACCACUACUACGGUAUCACCAUAAAGACAACUUCUCCCUACCAUGAUACAGUCUGUAACGCAGCCAGACAGAGCAACACUGGGUAAGAAAUAUCUAAAGAUCGAAGUAGUAACUCUCCUUUCUGGCUUACAUACAUUUACUUGUACAUUAGUUUAGAGAAUUUGAGCUUAUAUCAAGGUAGCAGUACAGUCUUUGGCUGAUACAUUCAUCUAUUCUCAUCACUUGUAUAUUGGACAAUUAAUUUUACCAAUCACUUUUAGGAGUUAAAGGUUUAAGCAGGUAUCGCGGUCUAAUGCCUUGUUCUUCAGACAAUUCCUUCCCUUUUUCAUUCGACCUAAGUAUGCCUCAGUAAGGCAGACAUCUUUGGACAAAUGCUUUUGGGUGAUCUUUGCAAAUUUCUUAUCCCUUUAAUCCCCAAAGAUCCGCAUACCAAUUCUCCAUAGUUGAAAGAAUUUGGUUUAAUAUCAAAGCAUUAUGCCGUUGGUGAUCAAUUUAGUAAUUCUCAUAACCUUUACUCUUGAUGAUCUGCUGAUUUUGUUAGGAGAAAAUUGAUGUUGAUCACUCUUGAGACCUAAAAGGUUAAGAAAGGAAAAUAGGGGAGGGGUACGUUUAAAAACAAGCGUUUAAAUAACUAGCUCAAGUGUGAGGGGAGAAGGUAGCUGUACAUGGGCUAAUAAAUAGCGGGAAAUGAAGGUGUUGCCUUUGCUCUGCAAAUGGCUAGACAUACGCGUGGCUCCCAUGGCCAGGUAGAAAUGACUUUUCCGUCUCCAGUAGGGGAGGUAAAGAAACUGUCCUUUAAUAACUGGUUCUUAUCUGUAAUAAAUAAAUAAAUUCUUUUUUUAUCAUAAAAGUUCAAUAUUCAUCUGAAACAUUGAGUAAUUGUGAUUGCUUGGCUCUGUGUUAUCAGUUUCAGUCAAUCUUACAGCAAGAAUGAUGCGGAUGAAAGGUCUCAAGGACCCGUGCUCCAUAAGGGAAGUCAAGGGAAUGGUGCCUACGUCGCGACAGCUCCAGGAGGAACUUUGCUACCGGACUUUCCUAAGCCCAGCAAAUUGACCCUUCCUGAGAAAGUGCCACAUGAAAAGGCAAGUAGUUUUUGCGCAAGAAUUAGGAGUAAUUUUAUAAAAACAGAAAUUCAGACAGGAAUGACGAACACUAUAAAGAAUAAUCAAGCGUAUCGUGAAGUAUUUUCCUAAGGUGAAGUUUUACGAGUUUAACACCUGUGGUAAAGUCCCCAAGCAGAGAACGAGUGGACCAGUUUUUUAACAAGUAAAAUAAAUUUUCCAUAGGUGAAGACGUUUCUGAUCAUGUACCGGGCUCAUUGUCAGAGAAUCUUGGACACUAUUCUGAGAGCGAAUUUUGGAGAGGUAAGCUCGAUUGUUGAACGUUUUUCCCUCUUCCAUGUAUCAGUUCAAGCCUUCGAAUACUAAGAAUAAGAAUUCCUUAACAUUUCAUUUUGUCUCAGAAUCUAAAUUUAAUUAAAUUUCAAGUCUUUUUUUUCAUUUUCAGGUUCAGAACUUUUUAGUCCAUUUUUGGCAAGGAAUGCCCAGUCACAUGCUUGAAGUCCUAGGUUCUAAUGAAGUGGUAGAGUUGAUUGGUCAGUGCGAUACCAUCUUGUACAAAGCAAUAAGCGGUGUUCUCAUCCCAGGAACCCUUCAGCCUUUACCAGCAAGGUACUGAUUUUUAGUGUGGUAAUUUACUGUUAAUACAUUUUUUUGAUCGAAGGAUGGUUUCCCGAUACAGUUCUAGGCACCUAUUAUUAAAAAACAUCACAAAAAGGUAAUAGGCAAAAUUUUGGUGACAGGGAAACACUUGUGUCUAGGGGUAAAAGGACCAGGAGAGAAGCCCUCCUAGGGAAGACAAAAUCGAGUGGUACGGGGGUAACCACCCUGGACAGAAGUCCUGACCAGUCUCCAGGUGUUGAAGCCUAUAUCCAUGCACUGGGAACUAAUGGAACCAGGAAAGAAGCCCUCCUGGGGGAGACAAGAUCGAGUGGUAGGUGGGGGGAGCGGGGGACCACCAUAGCUUAUAAAGAGAUGUAUCGAAACAAAUCUUAUUUAUAUAAUAUUAUUGUAAUUACAGUUUGACUCAAGCAAUCCGCCAGUUUGCGCAGCAGCUUGACGAAUGGUUGACCGAGUCUUUGUCUCACUUGCCUGAACCAUUACAGAAGAAGAAACUCACUGGUAAGUAAAAAAUAGUAAUUAUUUAUCUUAACAUACUUGUUUUUAUUUGCCUUACCUCAGGGUCUGGAAGGGGGGGAAACCCCUGAUCCCGCAGACCCGCUCUUUUUUGUCGGGACUCCCGCGUCCCAAACUUCUGUCCUCGCUAGCUUGAAUGUCGUUUUCUUUCCCAAUCCCACCCGCAUCCCUUGCUAAAUGUUGGCGAAUACCGCUUUCCUGGAAGCACUUGACCUUCUUCUCAACCUUGACCUUCUUUUAUCAUAGUUUCUAAGAAUUGCUCACUUGUAUUUUUAGUUGCCAAGAGCUUCUCUCACUCCCUCCGAAGACAAACGUCUCUAACACAUCUCGCACAGGUAUGAUGAUAGCCUUACAAAGCGUAAGGCUCUUAGACUAACUCUUAGACCACGGUAAGAGGUAAUACAGUGCAAACUAAAAACCUUUCCCCAAAAUAAACUAUUUAGAAGCAAAUCUAGACACCCACUGAUUGUCUUGAACCACGCUCUGCGUUUGACAGACCAUUAUAUUAAAUAUCUAGAAAUGUAAUUUUCUUCGCUUCUUCGUGCUUUGCCAACAUUUUUUUUAUCCAAAUAAAAGAGAUCGAAGCUAAGAUGCAAUACGUCAUUUUUUGAAUACAAAGUCAAAAACAUCCGCAGGAGUACAUUAAACUUUGAACUUCAGUGGCGUCUCUACUUUUUAAACGGUUAAUAUUUUAGUCCGAUUUCUCAAGGAUUAUGCAAAAUAUAAAUAGCUAGAUCUUGAGGAAAGUCUCUGAAGCCGUUUGAUAAACUCUUAGCUCUUGUUUUUUCAAGCCGGUGAAGCCAACACUCUUACUCGUUUUCUUAAACAACAUAUUACUGACCGAGUCUGUGGAGUAAUACGGUUUAGUUAGACUAAAUGAGUUAAAUUGCAUCUUGUUAAACACAUAGCGUAAGUUUACGACUGAUUUGUCUGUUUGUUUUUGUUUACAGGCCGCGCGCACAGUACUGCACAGUGCAGAGCCAGUAUCACAAAUGUUGACUGACUGGAAACAGAUUGACUUUGAAGGCAUUUCCCGUCAGGCUUUGUGGACAUUCAGUCAAUCGAUCGCCGAGGAUUACGAACUGAUUAACGAACGUAAGUAUACCCAUAACUGGUUUGCCGGUUUAUUUUGGCUUGAUUGUAUCUCGGUGUUUUUAGAGUGCGCACAUGUGUUUUGUACCAUAUUAGAAGGUUGGUAGUUACCCCGUAAGAUAAUAAUUAAUUUUUUUAUAUUGCGUCGCAUACCAGUUUCAAGGUUGAGGCGUUAAAAGGAAUAAUUAAAUUAACAGUUAUGUUUAAUUUAAUUAAUAUUGUUUGGGAGUCAAAACAUUAGAAGCUGAUAUAGACUUCGUAACACAGUUAACUUUGGAAUUUCGAAAAGAAUAAUAACAUAAUGUUAGAGGCUCUGCACAGUUAGACUCUAAUUGCAAUGAAGGAACAUUAACGAUUUCAUGCUUUACAACUCUAUCAGCAAACGCAAAGUUUCAAACUGAAGUGUUUAUCCACGUGAGAUCUUGAAUUGCAUUGUUUUGUAAUUGUUUUCAGAUUUCAAAGAGUUUACACAGCUUCUGGAACAGCAAGCCACCAUUGACCAAUACGCUGAAUGGGCUGCCAAUCUUGUCAACCGAUGCAUUGCAAAAGUAAGAACGGUUUAAUUCAAAAGAAUGGAGCGAUUUUCGUAUGAUCUUGAAAUGAAAACACGCGAACAAAACAGAAACAACAAAGGAACGGAAACAGAGCGAUUUGAUUGGUUUAUUGGACGGAUACAAACGCACCUUGGCUUUUGGUUGGUUACAUGUAAGCGAACGCUCGGCUGAAAAAAUUUCAUGCCCGAGAACUUUCUAGAAAUCAAUCGACACUUCGCGUUGACGUCAUACUGCAAAACGAAUGGCCAAUCGAACAAUGCCAUCUCCAUGUUAGGAGUUUCUUUGGCGGGAAAACGAAAAUGCCAUGUUUUGAUCUUUUCAUCCAUUGGCUGAUAAAACAAAUAACGAACACUUACCGAAACCAAAUUUAGGGUCAUACGAAGUCGCUCAGUUCCAUUUUAGUUGUUUGGACGCGAUCACUAUGCGGUAGAUCUUCUCGACCCCCCUUGAAACUAGACUUGUAAUGUAACGAUCCUACCCGGGACAUUUUGCUGUGUUUGUGUGAGUAUUAUGGGGUACAUGUACUUUUAGCUCUCGAGGAAAAUUGUUGUCAGAAGUCUGUAAGAUUUUGUCGCACGACAGAAUAAUUGUAAAGUGUCAGCCUCAUCCACUUGUCAUACAUAAUCCACGCACUGUUUGGAAUUUCCGUAAGUCGAAGCUUAUCAUUAUCCACACUUAUUCCAAAUCCAAUUGCAGUAAAGGAAUUGAAAUUGAUAUUCAACUACAAAGGAAAAUGAAUAGAAAGAAUAUGAAAUCAGUUUUAACAGAACAAAAAUGUGAGGAGGAUAAAGGAGGAACAAAAACCGACCUUCCUUUCAGUUUCCAUUCCCUUUAAACGUUUACGAUGGACAUGAUUCGUACAACUUCAGACAAACAAAUUUCAAGGACUUUUCAAAGAUAAAUUACAGUUUUCAAGAGCUAAGAUUUAUUCAAUAAAUCGGCAUUAUUUAAUCCCUUUUUGAACACCUUAUUGGCAAAAACACGCCAUGAAGUCAUUCACGAUUUUUACUUCUUCAGUCAUGGUUGAUCACAUUAUUUUCUACUACUUUCCGCACAAACGCUUUGGAAAAUGACUGGGUAUGAAAUGCAAUUGUAUCUGAGUUACAAUUAUGAUAUUGCUCAUGCAAAAAAAUGUUUUUAGGCACGGUAGUAAAUUUCAAGAAUUUUUCAAGAUCUAAUAAAGAAAUCAAGUACUUUUCAAGGAAGUUAACCGAAUUCAAGGACUUUGAAAGACAACUAUUAAAAUUCGAGACCUUUUCAAGAUUGUACGAACCAUGGAUGGAUGUAGCAAAAUCUCGAAACGACCGUUUAUUUUUACUGAACCCAAUACAAGUCCAAGCCACUAGAACCACUACACUCUGAGUGCAUUUUUCAUCACUGACAAUUCACUUUUUUUCCCAUGUAGCAAGUGGAGAAGACAGGUAAAACUUACAAAGAAUGCUCACGGGAUUUCCUGCUCAAGUGGUCGUUCUUCAGCAUCAAGAUUGUUCGUGAGCUGACAUUGCACAGUGCCCACAGUUUUGGUAAGUGAUCUUUUUUUAAAAUAUAUGAUCUGACCCUUCAAUCAAGUUAUGUAAACCACUUGUCAAUCACCAAAAGAAUGAGAGUUUCUAAUGAAGUAUUUAAACAAUUCCAUUGAUUGUCUGUUACUGCAAUUCACUGGAGUGGCUAAAAAGGGGUACACAUUUUCGUUAAGUAAGAGCUGAGACUCGGAAAAAAGAAAAAAUCAAGAAAUCCUCACAUGCUCGCACGAAUGUUCCCGAUCCGGAUUCCGGCAAAAGUCACUUAAUUACAGUUGUGAUAUGUUCGUGACUGAAAUCCUGGAUAAUCUUGGCUUUCUUUUACUAUCUUUUUCCACACUAUAGUUCCGUCUGUCGCACGCGGCAGCUUACUACCAAUUCGCCAGAAUUGAGCUUAGAACGAAACUACAGGGUCAAAACCAUUUUGGUCGCCUUCAAUUUAACAAAUGCUUGCUCAAUCAUUCGUUCUUGUCCAUAUUAAUUAAAUGGCUGUACUAAUUAAAUCAGAAAAGCCAUUUAAUUUUAAUAGUUUCCCACACCUUUCUUUGCGUUAUCACAGGCUCGUUUCAUCUACUGCACAUGCUCCUUGAGGAUUACAUUCUGUACACAGUUGAGAACCACAACAACGCAGACGAACAGUCGGUCCAGUCCUCCGACAGUGAAAGUAAAGAGAUGAACUUUAUGGAAGGUUGGUGCUUUAUUUUGACGAACAACUUAGCCCUAAUUAAAUAAACAAUUCGUGGAUUUUUAUUUACCCCCCCCCAAAAAAAACCCACCUCUUCAGCACAGCAAACGACACCGACGGAAAAAAGUUCACUAUAUUUUAUCCAACUGGUCACACCUUUGAAGUUAAACCACUGGUUAUCAAGGCUAUCAGGGGUCUUUACGUGACUCGCCUGACAUAAAGAAGCACCGUGAUUAGGAAGCUGUGAUCAGUGGCGCUUAUUUGUUUCGUCCCAGUUAUUGAAACACUGUUUAACACAGCUACAUUUUUUUUUAUCUCAAAACCAGUCAAGGAAGACAUGGAGAUUGACGUGGUAGGACCAAGGCCUACUCAUGUAAAUGUUCGUAAGUCUACUUCCAGGAGACACUCCAGCUCUUCUUCAAUGGGGUCUCUAAGAAGCCCUCGUGAUUCGACCCCUCAAAGAAGCCCCGCACAGGUGGCUAUGAUGCGACCCUCGUAUCACGAUUUGUCCCCACAUCCCAUGACCCCGAUGACGCCAACCACACCCACAAAUAAUAAUAACAACAACAACAUGAGUAAAUACUCUAUGAUAUCAUCCGAGCAAGGGCACUUCUUGUACCCUUCCCCAGGGGAUUAUGGAGCGCAAUUCGGCUACUCCUCCUCUCAGCGUAGCCUAAUGUCUUCUAUGGGCCAUGGAAACAGCUAUUCUGCGACGGGUGCUAGUGAGACUGGAAUUAACUUGGGAGAUUUUGACAUGACAAGCAGCUACGCGACAGAAGGAUCCGGGUACUCUACCGUCCGCUCCAAAAACAGUAUUCCGGACUCAAGCUACACGAUGAUGACUCCCGCAGCCAACAUGACGGCUUACGAAUACAGAGGGAUGUCGCCAAUGGAUCAGUUGAAGCAUUAUUCUCAGUACCCUUUAACAGAUCGAAGCUACCCUUCCUCUUACAUGUUUUCUCCAGGCGCCAUGUCGUCAAACGCUAUGUAUCCCCUGUCUGGGGUCAGCGGAGGCUCCAAUGAGAGAUAUUACCCAGAUGUACUGGAAGAAUUCGUGGAUAUGCAAGCCGCAAUGCACCAUGGGAUUCCAACACGGCCCGUGAGAUCAGAUUAUAGUUACACGCCCGCAAUCUUGAGUAAUUAGAAACUUACUAAAGUGGGGUGAAAAAAAUCCUGAAAAAUGUCAAGUCCUAGUAAAGAUUAUAAUUAUAGUUGUUCCGAGUGUAGAAAAUAGUCUAUUUAUUAUCUUUAAUAUGAAUUGGCGUAAAUUUUUUGCGACUAGAUGCAUUGAAAAUAUAGUAUUUAGUUUCACGUUAAAAUCGGCAGUCGAAGUAUAUUUUCCGACUUAAAAACUUGCAUUUUGUCACUCUCAGAUUAAUGUUAUCAUUGAAAUAUUGUAGAUAGAAUUAAAACGGGUAAAGUAGCAAUAAAUUUUGGCAUAUAAUUUAAAUUAUUUGGGAUAAUAAAUUAAAUGAUGCUAAAUGUAAAAAGAUUUAUUAUUUUUAUCUUAUUAAAAUGCGCUCGCAAAGAAUCAGCCUGCUUGUCUGUUAACAUUUGUAAGAAUUUAAAGCCCAAGCGUUUAGUCUCCAAGAGUAAUUAUAUUUAAAUUUGGUUUGGGCCAUCUCGAGAUUUCGCGAGAGAUUGGGUCGUUGCCGUGUCGAAUUGCACAAUAGGGACCUUAAGCAAAAUAGAACCGGAAGUGAGGCCCUCUUUUUUAUGGGACGCUAACAAACUUGUAUUUGAGUUUCUUUUUCUUUUAAAGACGAUUUACGAAGUUUCAACCGAACCGCUCCCCAAUGAUGCAAAAAGUCCACUUCCGGUUGACGUCCGUCCCUCAAAAACGCUGUUGCUUAAGCUCCCUAAUAGAACUCUUUUGGGGACGCUGUCGCUUCUUUUAUUGGUUAUUACGAAGUUGCAAGGGAAACUGGGUGAAAGUUCGUCCCUCAAAACACUCCCACAGUGCACUUCGCCUCAACACGGCCCCAGAUUACGGGCAGCUUUAAAAUGGCCGAUAUCUCGAUUGAAUACGGUGCAUUUGUAUCGGAGACUUGUUGUGGAAGCCUGUUCAUCACUUUCCCGAGCUUAUUGCAGUUACAAGCUUCCUCGCGCUUGCUGUAAUAUUCCAUUGUUACAGGAACGUAGUUCAUUGUACUUUUUACUCGUAUUGGUAUUUUAUGAAUGCUUCAAGUUGUAAAAAAACCAUCAUAUCUAACGGGGAUAAUUCAUUUAAUUAACGAGGAAAGCGCAAAACUCUUUGUUAUGGCACUUAUUAACAUAGAAAUUCUUACCAGUCGCGAAAUCUUGUACACGAAGUCUUGCAUGCGUAAUCAGUUAUUGUUUUGCAAAAAAGAUGCUUCCCAAAAUACGGAUUUUUCUCGCUUAAAAUGUCAGCCUAAGCGAAAAAAAAAAUUAACGUAGCAUAUUUGUAAAGAUUUUCCAUGUUUCCCCCCACGAGGGAAUGGAUAAAUAAAGUAAACUUGUCGGGUUUUCAACUCAAAAACUUCUUCAAGUUCAUGCUUGCGUGAUUAGCGCGCGAAAACCAAAACUCUUGACGUCAGAACCAUGUUUAUAUACUCUCACGCAAACACGCCUCUCGGCCAAUCAGAAAGGUUAAGGUUACUUUUAGUGUAAUUGCGCAGAGAUAGAAGGGAUUAUAUCUACAUUAUACAAGGAUAAUCUACAGUAAUUUGU